AUGCAGCUCACCCAUUUCGUCGUCGCCGGACUCGCUCCUAGCGUAGUCUCCGCGCUGUCUCCUCGCGCCGUCGACUGCUCCUUUUCCGUACCUGCUGCUGCGGGAGAUACAUGCGAGACACUUGCGGCAACUUGGGGCCUGGAUGUCCAGACGCUAGAGCACCUGAACCCCGGCGUUGCAUGUCCCGGUCUCGAUACGAGCAAGACGUACUGUGUUAUCGGCACUGUCACUGAUCAACCGGGAACAACGCUGACGCCGACAACUUGGAGGACUACUACGACUUCUUCAAGGAGUGCUACGACUACGGCUACGACCACCACGACAGCCCCCAGCAACCCGCCCACCUUGCCUGGAAUUGUCGACAAUUGCGAUGGCUUUUACAAGAUCACUUCCGGCGACCUGUGUGAUACCAUCGCCAGGGCCCAUGGUAUUACGACAGCGCAGCUCUUGAGCUGGAAUAGUGGGAUCAAUAAUAGCUGCUCGAACCUCUACCUGGACUACUACAUCUGCAUCCACAUUCCCGGCGUGACCACCUCAUCCAGCCCCCCUGAGCCGACCAAAGUCCCCUCGGGUCCUACGCCCCAGCUUCCAGGGAUCGUGAAUAAUUGCGAUAGAUUCUACCAGAUUUCGGCGGGCGGUAGCUGCGACAACAUCGCCAGAGCAAACCAUAUCUCGACCGCACAGUUCAAGCAAUGGAACACCGCCAUUGACGAGAAGUGUACAAACCUCUGGCUCGACUACUAUGUCUGCGUGCACGUCCCCGGCGCCGCAACUACCACAAUCCCCUCGUCGCCGAAACCCACAUCCGGCCCGUCACCCCAGAUGCCUGGCAUCGUGUCCAACUGCAAGACAUACCACCCAAUUGCGAACGGGGACACCUGCUCGGGCAUUUGCAAGAAUGCCGGAAUCACAUUUGCGCAGCUGCGCCAGUGGAAUACGCAGCUUGACGCUGCUUGCUCGAACCUCUGGCUUGGGUAUUAUAUCUGCAUUGCAGUUAGAGCACGUGUUGCAGAUUAA